AUGUCUCUGAACCAGAUGCAAAUCAAGCAGGAGCUCACGCUCCCGCCCGGUUUGGGUAAAACCACCCCAAAACAGAGCCCGGAGCUGGCGCAGCAUCCCCAAAUCCCGGUUCCAAAAUGCCCGGAAAAAGCGAUUCCAGAGCCGGGCGUGGAACUGGGACAAGGGGAAGCUCCGGUGCCGCAGUGCCCGCCCCAGGAGCAGCAGCUGCAAAGUGAAUUCCCUCCGAAAUUCCCGAAAUCCGAAGAGAAAUCCUGCCCGGAACAGGUGGCGGCGACGCUGGAGGAGCAGGAGGAGAUCCCGGUUCCCGUGGCUGCUCCCGAGCUCCAGGAGAAGCAGCAGUGCCGGGAAAUCCCGUGCAAAGAAAUCCCGGUGUCCAUCCCUGAUCCUGUCCAGUGCGCCCAGGAAAAGCAGGAAAUCCAGGAAAUCCCGGUGUCCGUACCAGAAAAGCAGGAAUGCAAGGACACCCCUGUCCCCAUCCCAGUUUCAUGCCCUGAUCCCGUUCCUUGUGCCCAGGAAAAGCAGGAAUGCCAGGAAACUCCCGUGCCAGUCCCGGUGUCGAGCCCUGAACCCGUCCCGCAUUCCCAGGAAAAACAGGAAUGCAAGGAAAUCCCGGUGUCCAUCCCAGAAAAGCAGGAGUGUAAAGAAAUCCCGGUGUCCAUCCCAGAAAAACAGGAAUUCCAGGAAACCCCGAUCCCAGCCCCACUCCCAGACCCCGUCCCGUGUUCCCAGGAAAAGCAGGAAUUCCAGGAAAUCCAGGAAAUCCAGGAAAUCCAGGAGAUCCCAGUCCCGGUUCCCAACCCGGAGCAGCGCUCCCUUCCCGAGAAAUUCCCUCCCCUGGAGCAGCAGCUGGAGCAACCCGGCCUGUGGCAGAAGUAG